AUGGAAGAUUUGGACGUUCGCAUUUUUAACCUCAGCUCUAAACUCGCCAUCGACCCUCAGGAAGACCCAAAUAAUAGAGAAUACGUCUCUUACCUUCCACCAUCUGCCCUCUCGCCAGUCUCCUCACCAGCACCGACAGACCACUCUUCAUCUAGUCGCCCAAACACUUCCCCGUCCUCAGCACGGGCCAAAAAAUCUUCAGCACCGCACCACAACAAUCGUGGAACUCAACAACAGCAGCAGCAGCAGCAGCAACAACAACAGCAACAACAGCUUCCUACUCCAUCUUCUCGACCACUUUCGCGUUCCUCAUCCCGCUCCUCAAACGAGAACAACAAUCACAAUCACCCCUCUUCUACAAACUCCUCAUCCACCAUUAACCACAACCCAGUCAAGCGCCGACAUCGCUCGGAGUCGCCGGCCCCGGCUCACGCCCCGGUGUCAAAUCAGUCUGCAUCUUUACCUUUGCCACUAGGUCCAUCAACAGCCCCAUCUUCCGUCUCAAAAUCUAGUCGCCAGAAGUCUCCGGCGUUACCAGGCCCUGCAAGGCCAUCCGGAGGCUCAACUUUUUCAAAGUUUUUUAAAGCAACCUCUUCAUCAUCAUCUGCAACAUCGUCACCUAAUGCUGCGUCCAAGGAGACAAAAGACUCUCUUUCUUUUAUGACUACCAAACCCACAACCACAUCGUCGUCACUUGUGGAUGAAAAUACUAAUUCUAGUAAUAAUACCUCUAAGCCGUUGCAUCAUAUCAAACAACGCGAAGCAAAAGUUUUCUUUACAUCUGCUCGACAUAAAAAGCUUUCUCAGAAAACUCAAUCAUCUCAAUCCAUUCCUACUACCACUCCUUCCCCCACUUCCUCAUCAUCAUCAUCAUCAUCAUCAUCGUCAUCAUCUAUAACUUCUUCAAACAAGCAAUCUGCAAUUUUUUCCAUGGCUAAACGUAACCCAACUACCUCUUCACCUUUGUUACCUUCUAGAAAUAAUAAAGACUCUAACACUACCAAAAAAGAUACCCCUAAGUCUUCUGGAAGCAACAGCAGUAGCAGCAGUAAUAACAGUAGCGGCAGCGUCGGAAGUACUACUAGCAGCAAUAACAGCAAUAACAGCAAUAACAGUAAUAAUAGUAAUAAUAGUAAUAACAGUAAUAAUAGUAAUAUUAGCGCUAAUAGCAGCAGCAGUGGAGGCACAUCCAACAAUUUAUCUACACGCGACAAGCCUAUUAAGAAACUAAAGGAUCCGGUUUCACCUGGAAUUUCCGCAACCCCAUCCUCAGCUCCCUCCUCUCCACUGAUACUUCCGCCCAUGCUUUCACCAACCCUUCCAGAAUGGUGCGAUGAAAUUUUAAAAUCACAACAACCUAUACGUCCAAGUCAAGAUGAAGACGUGAAAAAUAAUACUCCUACAUCCCCUGAAAUUUUGAGCACAAAGCCCCGAGUUAAGCAAAAAAAAUCACAACUUGCAAACUAUGAUGAAUCUGAUGCUGAAUCUGAACCAAGCAGCCAUAGUAACAAUAGCAAAAACGUCGAAUAUAGCGAAGUUUUUGGCGAAUCACCUGUGUCGCGCUCUCCAAGCCCUGGUAUUGAAUCAGAAAGGCCUCGAAGCCGUCGUCGCAACUCACUCAUUGUAUCACUCAAGGUUAAUGCGAAAGAAAAACUAGACAAGGAUUCAAACGCUACCGCUACUACUACCAACAAUAAUAAUACUACUUCUUCGCAUGAAAAGAAACGCUUAAAUACUCCGGUCUCUUCUUCUGCCACAACAAGUACUGCAAGUUCCACUACCACUACCACUACCACUACUACUUCUACUACCUCAUUGACACCCAAAACUAAAAAACGACCAUCAGAUGCUACUGCACAAAAUGCACCACCAAAAAAGACUCGCAUUUCUAGAGAUUACUCGGACUCCGAUUCUGAAGAACAUUCAUCGAAAAAAUCCAACAAUGCUAAGCGUCCUAUUUCUUCAUCUCAAUCAUCUCAAUCAUUAUCUUCCACACAUACUGCUGAUUCCCCACGUAAAUCUCGUGGACCUGCUCCUAGCGUUGGCUCAACGGCCUCGCCAGAAGUAACACAGAAUCAAGCUCCAACACCACAUCAUGGCCGCGCCAUGUCAACAUCAGGUGGACAUAUCAUGACGCCAGAGUUGCGUGCAAACAAUAGUAAGCUACUGCAGACAAAAGCUGGGCGGUGGCGGCACUUGGCUCGUGAGCGGAAACAUCUUGCUGACGAAUUACAUACUAAAGGCAAUGGUGUACCGGGCCGUGCUGCAGUUUGUGCCAUUGAUUCUCUACUUGGUUACAUUGUUGCCUUUGAUUACCAGGACAAGGCCGAUCAGGUGUUGCGCCGCACGCGUCAAACUCAGGACUGGAUGUCAUUAAUUCCCUUUGUAGCAUGGAUUGUUGGUGUUCUCGAUCAUGAAGGUUCCGGCAACAACAGCUCGAUGGAAAUAGAUAUAAGCGCACGCAGCCUGGUUGGCCUGUGCUAUCAAAUUCGUGCCAUGAUUCAUAUGCGCAUUGCGCAAUGUUACGAAGAACUACUUCUGAGACUGAAAAAUACACCAGUGGGUGCAUCGCGUGCUGGAAGUCCCGAUGGUUCGAUGAAUAGCAGCAGUAGUAAUGGCGGGGUCACUCCUAUGGACGAAGGUCAGAAACUCCGUGAUAUGGAAACUCUUAUGUCAAAGUUUUUCAAAGAACAACAAGAGGCGUCAGCCGACUUUCGACGCGGGCUUCGUGAUCUUGACAUGGAAACAUUACGGAUACAAUUCCCAGAGACAUGGGCUGCAAGGGAGUCUAAGAUUGAGGGUCCAUCAUCGUCUGGGUUGGGGCGUCGUCCACGACACACUGGAGGUCUGCGACCUAUGGAUGACCCUUACUUUGUUCCGCUGCAUAUGUUCUCAACUCUACAAGAAGCUGCGGCAUUGGGAUAUCGUGUUUUACACGAGUGGGCUGACCAACAUAAGGUUGAAUAUGAUUCAGUUCUUGCUGAAGGUCUCAAGGCAGUUGUGUCUAACAACCAUAACUAA